AUGAAUCUACCGUGGCGGAAGCUGAGACUGACGAAUGCGCUGCUCGAGAGAGCAUUCUUCACAUCGAGUUAUGCGUCGGCGAAGAAGAAAAAUUUAGGACCAGCUAAGUUCUCGAAAGUCAAACCUUUGACGCCCGCAAUUGAAGUGUGGGACCAGAUCAAGAUCAAAGAGUUAUCCAAAAUUACGCAGCGAUCCAUUGACGAUAUCUUCGAGGCAUUGUUCUACAUCGACAGGGCCGAUGUCUACGGAAAAGUCAGCGAUAAAAUCCCCAGACAAGACCUGAAGAAGGUUCUCGAGAAGUUGGGGAUCAGAGGCAGAAUUGGACCUCCUCCCGUGGAGACAAAAAUCGAGCACGUCAGAGAGAAAAUUCCUUUUCUCGAUGCUGUGCGCCAACCGCCUCCUGCCGAGGAGCAGCUGAGGCCGAGAAGACCAGUGGUCACCGUGAUGGGUCACGUUGAUCACGGCAAGACCACUCUACUCGACACCUUGAGGAACAGCCACAUCGUCGACGAGGAACACGGUGGCAUAACGCAGCACAUCGGCGCGUUUUCCGUGCCGGUUCCUCAAUGCAAACUGGGAGCAAUCACGUUCCUGGACACGCCUGGACACGCUGCUUUCUCCGCAAUGAGGGCCAGGGGAGCGAACGUGACGGAUAUGGUCAUCUUGGUGGUCGCUGCGGACGAUGGAGUCAUGGAACAGACAGUAGAAUCGAUAAAAUUUGCGAACGAAGCUCGGGUCCCGAUGAUUGUGGCGAUAAAUAAGAUUGACAAACCCGGGGCGGACCCAGAGCGUGCUAAGAGAGGUCUAUUGGAGCAUGGGGUACAGUGCGAUGCGGAGGGAGGUGAAGUGCAAUUCGUGCCGAUCUCCGCGCUCAAGGGUCAAGGUCUUGACGAGUUGUUAGAAGCUAUCGUCCUCCAAGGCGAGCUCAUCGGUCUUCGGAGCGCUUUUGAGGGUCUGGUUGAAGGUUAUGUGAUAGAGAGUUUGACGCACGAACACAGGGGCAAACUGUGCACGUUACUCGUCUACAGAGGCACCUUGAGCAAAGGCGACAUCAUUGUGGCGGGACAGGCUUGGUGCAAAGUUCGAUCUCUGUUCGAUGAGUGGGGGAAACCUCUGCAGAAAGUCGAGCCUGGCUGCGCUGCUCAAGUCACAGGCUGGAGAGCAUUGCCCGCGGCUGGUGAUCUGGCGCUCGAGGUUGAGAGCGAGCAGCGAGCUCACGAAGUCAUGAAGGUACGGGAACAAGCUUCCAAAGUUGAGAGACUGGCCGUCGACGCUAAGGUCAUCGAGGAGAAGAUGGCAGAAUCUCGAAAAUCAUAUCGGGAGGAACUCGAAGCUCGAAGAGCCCUCGGAUACUAUCGGAAGCGAAGAACGACGAUUCGAGCGAAAGAAACCGAGGAAGACAAUCAUCCCGCUCUGCAUGUCGUGGUCAAGGGCGAUACGGACGGCUCAGUGGAAGCUCUCUUGGACAUCCUGGAAACGUACGACCGGCACGACGAUUGUCGAUUGGACGUCGUUCAUUACGGAGUCGGUCCCGUGUCUUUGUCGGAUCUUGAACUGGCGAAGACGUUCGACGGCAUCGUGUACGCCAUGCAUGUGGGAAUUCUUCCAGAAACCAAAGCAGUGGCGAAGGAGGAUGAGAUCAAAUCAUUCAAGGUCAUUUAUAAAUUGGUCGAGGACAUCAAAGCAGAAAUCGGCAACCGCUUGCCGAUGAUCAAUGCCGAGGAGGUAAUCGGUGAAGCUAAAGUUCUCCAGGAAUUCCUCAUAAAUGACAAGAGGAAAAAGCUGCCGGUAGCUGGAUGCCGAUGUCUCAAAGGAGAUCUGCUAAAGGCUGAAACCUUCAAACUCAUGCGGAAUGGUGAAGAAAUCCAUCGUGGUCCCGUGAUCUCUAUGAAACAUAUGAAGAACGAGGUCAAAUCGAUCAAGACCGGCGUAGAGUGCGGUAUCAUGUUCGCAGACUCGGAUGUCCGGUUCAAGGAGAAUGAUGAGAUCGUUUGCAUUCGUGAAUACAAAGUCAACCAGAAAACAAGCUGGAGUCCCCGGGGAUUUUGAACCAGAAUCCAGGAGACAAAGCCUCAUCGACGAGAUUAGAUAGUUGAGCGACUUUGUACAUAAACAACUAGACUAGGACGGUGUACAGUAAAGAAUGUUUGGUGAGAAGAA